AUGUUGUCCUGGGUAUAUCCAACUCGAAUUGUGCAGGCUCUCCUCGCCCUGGCAACCAUUGGCCUCGCAGCCUUCGGCGCUACAUCACCCUUCUCCAAUGUGAUUUACUUCUUGCUCUUCAACGGAUGCUGGACAACUGUUAUCGCUGUCCCCUACCUGGGCCUUGCGCCAUUGUGGUUCCCACGAUUUUCGCACGAGUUCGUCAUCCCAGCUGUUGAAUUUGUCACAAUGGGACUCUGGCUCGCUGGUUGGAUUGCCACUGCUGCACUGCUGCCGAAGCCGAGCUCAUGCAAUGACUCGUACUGCCAGGCUCAGCAGGCUCAGAUUGUUAUUGCUGCAAUUGAAUGGGCUCUCUUCCUACUUACCAACGUCUUCGCUUUCCUGGAUGUUAAGAACUCUCGAUUCAACCGAAGGACUCAUGAACAGUCCGCUGCUGAGCAGACUGAACAGACUGAGACUGCUCAGGUUGACGCUGCCCAGGCUGCCUGA